AUGCGUUUCUCAACCACCUCUCUCGGUCUCUUUCUUGCAGUCAUUGGGUCUGCCAUUGCUGUGCCAGCUACUGAGCAGGUUACCCGUCGUAACACUGAAUGCAACCAGGACUUCGAUGGCGCGGACACAUGCGUCGCAAACUGCGCUGGUGGACACUGUCACGUUAUCGCCUUGGGUCCGCUUCACAGAUGUGAAUGCUAA